UAUGUCCGGCGUUGUUGAUGUUGGCCUAGCUCUGAGCACUGCAAAUGUAAACCCAUCAAAUUCAAAGACAGCAGGGGUUUUGUGUCAGCGUUGAUAACACUGGGUGCAUAAUGGACACCUAUGAACUGUUCCAGGCUUGUAAACGGGGUGACCUAGCCAAAGUCCAGCAUCUUGUGGAGCAGAAGGAGAUGGAACUCAAUGUACGAGACAGAUGGGACAGUACUCCAUUAUAUUAUGCUUGCCUCUGUGGCCAUGAGGAUUUGGUGAAAUAUAUGUUAGAAAAUGGUGCUAAAUGUGAAGCACACACAUUUGAUGGUGAGCGCUGUCUUUAUGGUGCUCUGACAGAUGAGAUAAGGAACCUGCUGAAGAAGUACAAAGUUAUUAGUAGUAAAACCAUACGAAGGCAUGAAUAUGAUGAAUUUCUGAGGAAGCUGUCAGAUAGAGGAUUCUAUGCAGACAUCAUAUUCUAUGUGCAUGGAGUGUCACUGCCAGCACACAGGUGUAUACUCACGGCCAGGUCAAAAUACUUUGCUGAGCUCUUCAAGACCAGGUGGAAGGACAGAAAGGAGAUCCACAUUACUCAUGCACUGGUAUAUCCAUGGGCCUUUAAGGCAGUCUUGCAAUAUCUCUAUACAGCUCAAAUAGAAUGCCAUAUAGACCAAGUGGAGGACAUACUCCGUGUGGCAAAGCAGUGCAAACUGGAACAGUUAAUGGAAGAAAUGGAGGACAAAUUAAAGAAAGUUGUUAGUUUUGAGUCUACCAAGCCUGGAGUGAAUGUGACCCAGAUUGUAAUCGAGCCAUUACUCAAUUCUAAUACUCUAAGUAUGGAACUUGGUGUACUGGCUGACCACGCUCUGCCACAGGAAAUGUGUAUUGCUGAUGGUGAGCUCCCAUUUCCUUCUGAAAGAUUGCUGACGUACCCAGAUCUCUGUCUUUCCAUACAGGGUCAUCACUAUAUGGUGCACAAGGCAUUCUUCUGUGGUCGCAGCGAUUACUUCAAAGCCUUACUACAAGACCACUUUUGUGAGAGCGAGACCCUUACAGACUCCCAAUCUGACCCCCAAUCUGACCCCCUGUGUGACCCCCAGCUUCCUGUCAUAUCCCUCCAUGAUGUGGAUGAAGAGGUCUUUGUACAAGUGAUGUACUACAUCUACCAGGAUACCUGUGAGCUAAAUGACGGCAAUGUGUUUGACAUCCUGUGGACAGCUGACAUGUACCUGCUUCCUGGCCUGAAGAGGCAGUGCUCCAAUGUCAUAGGGAACUGUCUGAGUUGUGACAAUGUCAUCAGUGUAUUGAGGACGGCACGGCUGUUUAACUUGCCAAGACUUGAGGAUCAGUGUACGGAGCACAUUGCUAAUAAUAUCGACAAGAUGGUCAAAUCAGAAGACUUCAUCUCGCUAGUGGCAGAAGAUGCCCAGGGCGUGAAAGAGCGCCACGAGACAGACACAAUCCCAGUGAUAGAUGACGUCAGAUUCCACAUCACAAACUUUGUUCAGACCUUCAGUGAAGUGGAAGACGCAAAUGCCAAGCUGAUUCUGAUUGAUGGUUUACUAGAGGAGUUGAACUUGGAAGGUUGAUGCAGUACAUAUACUUCAGUGUCUCUUGAAAAGAGAAUUGAGUCUGUAAUUAUAAAUCUUAACAUUAUGAUAGUUUUAGCAAAUGAUCUGUGGUGUUUGGGAAGAGAACAAAAGUCACAGAGACACCUCACAGCUAUGACAUUAAAUAACAUAAUUUUAUCCAGUGAUAUGUGAUGUCAAGGGAGAGGACAGGAAUCACAGCUAUAACAUGUAAUAUCAUACAUAUGUGUUAAUCAAAACUCUAUAAUUACACAUGUGCAUGGUAGUUGUUAAGAACCUGUUGGAGGAUUUCAAAUGAAUAGGGUUGCAUAACCCUUGUUGGGUAUUUUUUCUUGAAUAAACUAUCAAAUUACCUUUGGUGUGCACAGGGGAAAUUGUAUUCAAUUAGUUGUACUGGCUUUAUUAAGAAUUUUAUGAUGAACAUUAUUUCAUCUGACUGAAAAAUCUGCUUUGAGGGGGUUUGAGAAAAUUGAUGAAUGCAUUAUACCAUUAAACAUGGUUCUUGUAUAAUAUAAUAAUGUAAUUUUUUUUUUACAGAAAAACAAUUCAUAUUUAAUUUUUAAUGACUUACAAGUGUCAAACUUGCUUGU